AGAGUGAGCGGAUUGCGCAAUGAGAGAAUCUAGAGAGAGAGAGAGCGUGUAACCGCUUAGAGAGAGAGUGUAACUGAAUUUCAAGUUUGUUAUUUAUCAAAUGAGUCAAGAGUCUCUUACAAUUGGUAACCGCCCCCUAUUUAUAGGUCAGGGGUUGGGCCUGGUGUUCCUAACUGUCUUUAGUGGGCCGGUUCGGCCUCAGGGGAGGCACAAUUCCCUAGCUUGCGCGUCGCCUUGAGGCAAGGGUCCUUAGACGGGAGUCUCAGGGGUCUCACCCAGUCCAGAUUCCAAGACAACAUUUUCCAUAACCCACGUUAAGGCCCUUCUCAUGGACAUGCUUGUAGGUGGAAGUGACACGUCCUCCAACACAAUUGAGUUUGCAAUGGCGGAAAUGAUUAACAAGCCAGAGGUAAUGAAGAGGGUUGAAGACGAAUUGGAAGGUGUAGUUGGGAAAGAUAACAUGGUUGAAGAGUCACAUAUUCAUAAGCUUCCCUACUUGCUUGAUGUGAUGAAAGAAACUCUUCAGUUGCACCGUACAGUUCCACUAUUAGUCCCACACUGCCCCAGUGAAGCCACUUCUGCAGGAGGCUACACAAUCCCAAAGGGUUCUCGGGUGUUUGUGAAUGUGUGGGCUAUUCAUAGGGACCCUUCCAUUUGGGAGAAACCACUAGUAUUUGAUCUUGAAAGGUUCUUGGAUGCCAAAUGGGAUUUUAGUGGGAAUGACUUUAGUUAUUUCCCCUUUGGUUCUGGAAGAAGAAUUUGUUUAGGAAUACCAAUGGCAGAGAGGUCUGUUUUGUACUUUCUAGCAACACUAGUGCACAUGUUUGAUUGGACAGUACCGAAAGGAGAAAAGUUAGAUAUAUCAGAAAAGUUUGGUCUUACUCUCAAGAAGGAAACACCUCUGGUUGCCAUCCCCAUCCCACGACUUUCCAAUCCUGAUCUUUAUCAAUAUAAUUGAAUACAAUACUCAUACACGGAUAAAGGGAAUCUGUAUUCUCCAAUCAACAUUAUAAUCUUUUGUAGUUUAUGUUCCACAAUGUGUUCAUUCUCUGUUAAUUGUUUAAAUAAAAUAGAAUGAAUAUUUCAAUUUUGGUUGAUUUCAUGAUCGACAAAAUAGUUUUCUUAAGUAUGCAAUACAGUGGCUUAUAAUUUAUUCGCAUCUCACCUUCUAUUAUAUUUCAUUUUAGUACAUUUAUCUUUAUAUCUUUCUUUUCUUUUCCUAUCAUAUAACUCAUCUUAUUUUCAUUUUUUUCUAUUUUUCACUAGGUGUGAAUGUUUUUCUGUUGGGCCGCAAAAAGCUUAAAACUCUGGGGGAUCAUCCAUAUUGGGCUAACAUAGCAAAUCACAAAGUGAAUUGGACACCACAUCUUUUAACCAAAAUCUUAAAGCAUUAUUGUUGUCA